AUGGCUUCAGAACAAGCAAUGCGUUAUCCACGAAGACUUUACGAAGAAGGGAUGUCUAGGCUCAAGAAUAAAGAUUCAACUCCAUCAGAGAAGUUUGAACCUUCAGUUGACUACAAACAACUCUUAACAGAAGAAUUGAAAGUGCCUGGUGGGGAAGGUCCAACAUAUGAUGAGCUACUUAGAGGACUAUCAGUGUGCCAAAAAUGGUCUGUAAAGAAGCGCAAAUGGUUGGGGCUAUUGAUUAUUCUAGCCAUUGCACUUUAUUGCGUGCAUAAUAACUCAAGGAUACCAUUUGAAGCUGCAAAAAGAGUUCUUGAUGAUGAAUCCAUGCAAACUUAUCCAUGGGGUCGGGUAGCAUUUGAGACUCUCGUCGAUAAUAUAAAGUGCUUCAAUCCUUCAGGUAAGACGUACACCCUUGGUGGGCCGGUUUACGUGUUACAAGCUUGGGCAUAUGAUUCAAUAAAAUGCUUAGGAGAGCGAUAUGGGAAUUUAGUCGACAAUGAAGAGAUCCCGUUGCUUCGAUGGCGUGGAACCCGUACACGUGCAUCAUUCGAUGAGGCCAUUGCUGAAGAUAUCAGAAAGUAUGGUGAGGUGCGUGUGAGUAAAAUGGUGAUGAAGGGUGAUGUAAGUGAGUUAUUUCAUACGUGGCCAAAUCAAGAAGAAGAAGACUCAGAACUUUCCAACUUGGUCAAUGACAUACAUAAGGAUGUGUUUAUUAAAGGUCUUUGGGAUGUUAAAGCAAAUGAGAAGAAGAAAGCUGGAAAUGUUAUAGCAGCGGUUGAGUCUGAAUCUCCUGCUAAGAAGCAGAAAGUUGAGAGGGUGUUGAUUCUGGCUAAUAGUGAGGAGGACGAUAGUGGUGAAAAGUCGUCAAUUAAAUUACUCCUGGAUAUGGUGUCUACCAUGAACUCAAGGCCGGUUACCUUUGACGUUAAGUUGCAAAAUGUUGAUGAUAAGUUGCAAAAUGUUGAUGAUAAGUUCAAAAAUGUUGAUGAAGAAUUUAGUAAGAUGAAAGACAUCAUUUCCAUCCUUGCCAAAAGUGGAGGCCUAGCUGGUCUCAUGAGUGGCAAAAAGAUUCCUGAGAGCGAACCAUUACCAAUCCAGACCAUCCCCAAUAUCAGAAUUAGGGAUGCUUUUGAGAGAAAAACAGAACAACAGACACCUGAAUUUCAACGGAAAACGUCAAGCCGAGACUACUCUGUUACUAGUCCCCCGAAAACGCGGCCUUUGACGAGGAAUUUAGAGGCACAACAGAGGAAAGAAGCAGAGGCACAAAAGAGGAAAGAGGAGGGACAUAAAAGGAAAGAGGAGGCACAAAAAAAGAAAGAAGAUGCACAAAAGAAAAAAGAAGCAGAUGCUCAGAACAGGAAAGAAGUAGAGGAAAAGAAGAGGGCAGAAGCUGAAGCAAAGAGAAAAGAGGAGACAAAGAGGAGAGGUAGAAAGCCUAAAGAUGUGAAGCAGCUCAAAGUAAAUGUUCCUUCUGAUCUAGUGGAAGAUGUUCAGGAAAGUGUUGGUAAGAUUCCUACUAUGAGGCUAAAAAUCCCAAAGGAAGAAAAGACAGAGGUUAAGGAGGUUGAGGAAAACAAAGAGGUUAAGGAGGUUGAGGAAAAGAAAGAGGACAACAAAGCGGCUGACAUUGAUUUAGAGGAUAUCACAGAUAAUAAUCCUUUUGAUACUUUCGAAGUCUUACCUGAAUCUGAUGAUGAUGAAGAAGAAAAGAUUAGGAAUGAAAGGAUUAAAGCUAUAAGAACAGCAAAUUUGAAGUUUGCUACUGAUGGGAGUUCAUUGUAUCUACGGCAUUUGGGUGCUUAUAUGAGACUCCUCAGGAAACGGUCCAUGGAAGAGCCCUCCCCAUACCACACUAAAUGCAUUGCGUUUAUAGACCCGUGUUUUUCUGCUUUACUCAUUCAGGAUCAUAAUGAAACAUUCAUUACUAGACCAAAAAGGUUUAAAUUCAAUGGACCCUAUGAGGACAUUGUGAAUGGGAAAAUGCCGCAAGAUCAGCCCACAGGUCUGAUGUGGAUACAAGAUGUGGAUGUAGUGUAUUUUGUUAUACAAACCGAAGGUGAUCAUUGGGUGGCGCUAGAAGUGAACCUGAUUAAGAGCCAUAUUGAUGUAUAUGAUAGCAUUGUGGGACACGUAACACCUGAAAGUGAAGCUAGAAUCAUGAAGUUUGUUAAGCCGUUUGCGCGUAUGAUUCCAGAAAUGCUGAACGCAAUAGUCCCUCCCUCACUCCGUGCACAUAGUUCCAAGAUGUUUUCCUUCAGAAGGAGGAGUGUCUCGAAGGUCCCUCAAAACAGAGACCCGGGUGACUGUGGCGUGUACGCUCUUAAAUAUUUGGAAUGCCUAGCGCUUGGUGUAAGUUUCGAUGGCCUAUGUGAUUCAAAUAUGCAGGCUAUAUGGCUAAAGAUGGCCGCAUACAUUAUGGUUGAAGCUCUGAAUAUGUAUGACCUGUUUAUGUAA